UGAGAGGCGAGUCAAGUUGAGUCGCGUUGAGUCUCGUUUUGUGUUCGGACUCAUAUUCGCGUUUGCUUCGCGUUCGGUUUGUUAUUUUUUGGCAUUUUGUUCGAUUUUUCGUGCCGACAUCUAAUAAAAAAGCUGUACACAGAGUACGUACAUGUGCAGAGAGCGCUCCGGUCGAGAACUUGUGAGGCAGCCAUCAAAAAUAACUAAAAAUGUCGUCGGCCAGCGACGCAAACAGAAAUAAAACGCAAAAGUGCACCAAAAACAAUCGCCGGGAGGGCAAGUGUUGAAUAAACGUCGCAUAAUUUACGUGCAGGACAACACUGCGUAUACGCAACGUCGCCCUUAGAGGGAAGAGAAAGCAGAAGGUCGAGGGUCCAAGGAGCAAACAGAGGUGUAAUGAAGAACCGUCAAAUAAAAAAAGGACAGACCCUUUGGAAUUGCAACAAAAGCCGCUGACCGGAUUCGAAAUCAAUUUCGCGAUCGUCUGCAGUUUGCUAUUUGCAACAUUGCAACUAAAACUGCAACUGCAGCUGCGUAUCUGUGUGUAUCUGCCACGCUGCUGCGCUGGUGGAGGUAUCUAUGCGAAAUUCGGCUCGUUUCGGGGGUGUCUGUGUGAGCACGUGCAUCUGUGUGCGCUGGGAACUGCGUCUGUGUUCGCGGCCCGUUGCAAUUUGCAAUUUGCCCCUACUUCCUCCGGCUCCCUUGUUCUGAACUUCGACAAGUCGUGCCAUUGCCUGCCGCAAUCAAGCAUUUUGAGUUGAACCAAAGGAAAUUCGCAUCAAUUAAAAUAUCUUUGAAACCAAUUUUAAACCAACAAAGGAGAGGGUAACAUUUUAUUUUAAAGAAAAAAGAAGUUUAUAAACUUAAAUAAAUAAAUGAAACACUUAAGAAGAAAGGAAUUUAAAAUUGAAUCAACAUGAAAAGAAACAAAUAACCAGCAGAUACCACAGUGGCGAUAAGACCCACAUAGAAAGUCAAGAAACCCCAUUAUAAUGUGCAUCAGAAGUGAUUAAAGGGAGACUUUGAAAUAGUUUAAAACGCCAUUCAAGCCACAGGCACAAUCAACUAAUAAUCUGAGAAAGCAGAAGCCCUUUCCUGAACACUUACCAAUUGAACAGUGAAUCAAGCAAUGGCCAUCAACUUUUCGGCUUCCUUUGCUGCUUGCAUAGCAGCCGGAUUGAAGGUGCCGCGCCAGAUUAUGUACUGCAUCACCCAGGACACGGGCCAGCCAUACGUGCUCUAUAAGGACUCGCAGGACGCUGAACGGAACCCCGGUGCCAUAGGUGCCAGUCCCGCCCAGUGGGGCAGCGAGAUGUACCCUAACAUCCAGCAGCAGGCCCAGCAGCACCUAACCGCCCAGCAACAACAGCAGCAAAACGCGGCGCAGGCAGCGGCCCAGGCGGCAGCUGUGGCCGCGGCAGCGGGACAGCCCCAAAGUCCGCCGGUUGGCGGUCAGGAGGCCCGCGACAACGGCAGCGGCGAUGGCCGCCAGCAACAGGUGUCGCCUUCCUCAAGCCCGUAUCCUUCUGUCCAGCAGCAGCAGCGAGCAAACGGGGCAGGCGACGAGGACCCCAUGAACCACCAGCUCGCCAACCAGCAAAACCCGACUCCCAAUCAAAGCCAAAGCAGCAAUGACCCCCAGCACUCGGGAUCCAACGCGGGCGAGUCGGGCAACCCGCACGUCCAGCAAAAUGGCGGAACGCAAGGCGACCCCGCCAACAGUUUUCAGACUCCGGACUAUUAUGCCCCCCGCCACGCGGCACCGCAAGGAGGGAUGCUGGCACCGCCUGGCUUCCCGCCGCUUCAUUAUCUUAACAAGGGCGUUUUGCCAAUAGAACAGUCUGGCGGAGGCGGUGGGGGCGGAGGGGGUGAGGCCUACGCGCUUCCCGAACUGCUUCCGGCGCAGCAGAACGGCCAGCAGAACUCCGGACCGGCGAACACCAAUGCCAAUGAAGGCGGUGCGGGAGCCAAUGGGAGCGGAGGAGUAGGCGGUGCCACGGGAGUAGGAUCGGUGGGCGUGACAAGCGGCGGAAGGACGGGCAACGGACCAGGACGCCCGCACAAGAACAAGCCUCACAGCGAUCUACGGCUGUUCAAGUGCCUCACCUGCGGCAAGGACUUCAAGCAGAAGAGCACGUUGCUGCAGCAUGACCGCAUCCACACGGACGCACGUCCCUUCCCGUGCUCCGAGUGCGGCAAGCGCUUUCGCCAGCAGUCGCACCUUACACAGCAUUUGCGCAUCCAUGCCAACGAAAAGCCCUUCACCUGCCCAUAUUGCUCGCGCAGCUUCCGGCAGCGCGCCAUUCUCAACCAGCACAUACGCAUCCAUUCGGGUGAGAAGCCCUUCGCCUGCCCCGAGUGCGGCAAGCACUUUCGCCAGAAAGCCAUCCUCAAUCAGCAUGUGCGCACCCACCAAGACGUCUCGCCACACCUUAUUUUCAAGAACGGGCCGCACCCGACUCUAUGGCCCUCGGAUGUACCCUUCCCUGGCGAGGACAACGACACAAAGGGUGAUAUCGCCGGCACGGGCGGCGGCUACCACGACGAGGACUCCCAAGGAACACCUGAUGGCAGCGGUGGCAUGCACUACCCCUCUUACUUCAAGGACGGCAAGGAUCCUCGCACAGGCCAAAAGAUACUGCCCGAGGUGCUGCAGCAUAUCGGUGUGAGACCGGCAAACAUGCCGCUCUACGUACGGUGCCCCAUCUGCGACAAGGAGUUUAAACAAAAGACAACGCUGUUGCAGCACGGUUGCAUCCACAUUGAGUCACGGCCGUACCCCUGCCCGGAGUGCGGGAAGCGUUUCCGACAGCAGUCGCAUCUCACGCAGCACCUGCGUAUCCACACCAACGAGAAGCCCUUCGGCUGCAUGUACUGUCCACGGUUCUUCCGCCAGCGGACUAUUCUUAAUCAGCACUUGCGCAUCCAUACCGGCGAAAAGCCGUACAAAUGCGGUCAGUGCGGCAAGGACUUCCGUCAGAAGGCCAUCCUGGACCAACACACGCGCACCCACCAGGUAGGUGAUCGUCCAUUCUGUUGUCCGAUGCCGAAUUGCCGUCGGCGCUUUGCUACGGAGAACGAGGUUACCAAGCACAUCGACAACCACAUGAACCCCAACACCACAAAGGUGCGCCGACAGCAACAGCAGCAGCAUCAACAGCAGCAACAGCAGCAGCAACAACAGCAACAGCAGCAGCAGCAGCAGCAGAACAACGCUGUCACCCAGGUGGCCAAUCACCUAAUGAACGAUGCCAAGAGCCUGGCGGCCCAGCAGUUCCUCAACAACAAUAACCCAUCGACAGUAGACAACAAGGCCAACAUUCUUCCGGUGCGCAGUAUAGCAUCCAACGCUGCGGCAGCCGCGGUUGUGCAGCAGUCGGUGGUAAAGAACGAGCUCUAUUUUCCGCAGUGCUACGGACCACCCUUUCAGCAUCCCUUCCAGGCACACCAGCAGCAGGCCCAGCAGGCCCAGCAGCCCAGCGUGGCUCACGCAAACGGAGGACCCACUCCGCCCGUAACUGUGACGGUGGCCAAUACGGUGGCAUCUGGCGUGGUGGUUCAGCAGAAUGGCUCUGCCUCUGUGGUGGCCCAGUGACAUCCCACCACUGCAGCAACUGGGGCACAACAACAGCAGCCGUCGGCACCGCAGCAGCAACACCAUCCGCCGCCACCUCCUCCCACGUCGUCCGCGCAUCACAUUGCAGCAGCGGCCGCCACUGUUACAGCGGUCACGCCCUCAUCCGCCCACGGCUCACCAGUUGCGGCGCCACAGACUGUGACGCUUUCGAUCACGCUGCCGCCGCCACCGGCCCCUCAUACGGUCCAUCCGGGUCACCCAACACAUCCAGGCCACUCGGGCGUGGCUAACGGAGUAGCGCCUCCGCCCCCAACUCUAUCACACGCGAUUCCCAUUCAUCCACACAUACACUCUAUAUUCGGAUCUCUAUGAUGUCAUCAGUAAGAGAGACUAGAGCAGGAGGCGAGAAUUCAAAGUUGAGGAACACAAACUAUUCACCAUAUUUCUUAGGUUCGAUUAGUUUUUUAGUAUUAGACGCAAAACAAAUUCUCCUAGUUUUUAAAACUAAUCUUAAAACCACAAAAUACAGUUUGGCAAUGGCAAACAAACGAACCGAGAGGAGCUGAACAGAACGCAAACAGGACGAGUACUAGUCUUUUUGAAAAGGACUCUAAACUCCUUUGAUAUAAACCAUGAACAUGAAAUGCAAAUGGGGAAUGUGUAAGAGAAGUAAUGAGAAGAAUAAAGGAGAAACGAGAGCCAAAACACAACGUUAUACGAUUUCUAUUUGUUUUAGUACCCCAACAACUUUUAAGACUACAAAUACAUAAAAUAUUUAUAUACACACAAACACAUGGACACUUAAGAAAAGUCGAAUUUCGUAACCCUUUAUUUUGGAUACAAUCGAUCGAGGAUAUACGAAUUAGGCGUAAUACUACGAUAGCUCCGAUACAAUGAGUGACAUGUGACGUGAUAGAAAGGGCAGCUGAUGGGAAAAAAGAAGAUGGGGAUACGAAGACGUUGGCGCUGAAUUAUAAAUUUUCGUAGCAGCAUCUAAAUUUUAGCUCUAUACUUUAGAUAUUUCGAUGUAUUGGAGUUUUUGUUUAUAAGUAUGAUUGAUCGAAUUACGCUGGGUGAACAGCUUGGCUAAGCCAAGGGGAUCCGCCAAGACCACCAAACUCUGAUUAGAAAUUUCUUUUUCAUUUCAAUUGAUAUGUGAUUUUUAAAGUGUUUAGAUGAAUACUGGAAUGCAAUUUAAUGAUACGAUAAAUCAAGAAUAUGUUAUAAAACCUUAAGUAAAUUGACCUAGGAUUCAUUUGUUGUCUUCCCCAACUAAUUAUGUGUAAUUUAUGUUGAGUUUUUAUUUAGUAAUUAGGCAUGCAUACGUUUAACCCAAAUAUGUCCACACUGUUGCACACACAAGGCAGACAAAAGGAAUAAGCUGGAACAUCUUGUUUAGCAAGCAGGCAAAUUCGAAAGUGACUCUUCAGGUGCCAUACACAAACAUAAUUAAUAGUCAAAAUAUUAUGAAUAAACACGUACCAAUCCUCCAACCUUUACUCAGUAUAACCUACCGUAUUGAAGACCCGAUCCCCACCAUCUAAGUUCCUCCCCUGCCAACUGUGUGGAUAUAACCGACAAAUUUAGUUUCUUAACAAAUUUUCCAAUGUACCGUCAAAGCAUUUAUAACUGUAAUUGAUAUUUAGAAUAUGUUUCCUAAAAAGUAUACAUAUUUUGUGUAAAAGUAUAUAUAUUUAUGUAGAAGUAUACAUAUUUUAUGUAUAUAUUCAGUUAGGCGUUUCACCUUAUCAAGUAUCUACUCAUUAUUUUAUAAAUUUAAUAAUUAGUCAAUUAAGUUUCUAUUGCAAUCAAAGCAAGUGCUCCGAAUACGAUUUGUUUUCACUGUUUUAAAUUUAAAGUUUAUCAAUUAUGUUUGGAUAUUUUAUUUAAUUAUUUCAAUAAAACAACUAUAUGAUUUAUCAAACUUUAUUUUGCCAUUUUUUUUAUUUCCCUUUAUCCUUCCCGAGGUCUAUUUCUUAUGAUUUCCUUUCUUAAAGGGGCAACUCAGAAAAUUCUGGCAUUAUACAAAUCUACGACUUUUCGGCUUGGGCAAACGUCUGGUUUUUGUGAUACGAGUGUCGCUGCAAAAGUUUCGGCAAGAAUGGUUUAUUCAAAAUUGUACAUAGAAUGUUUUGGCAAAUAUUAAAUGUAAAUCUACCAGCAAAAGUUUUAUUAAAAGUUUGAUCAAAUUGUUUGACAUUGUAAAGUAUAAAAUAACGCCUACAAUUACGGUAAAUUUAGUCAAAAUUUUAAAAUCACUUUUUAGGCCUAUAAAAUUUGCACAUCUAAACUAAAAUUGAGAGCGGAUCAAUACGAAUACUACAAAAAUAUUGCAUGCUCCGGCACAGGCAACUAACAUCCAAAACUUGAUAUGGAACCCAAUAUGGUGGCUUUUAUUGGAAUUAGACAAAACGGACUUGAUCAGAAUUAUCAGCAUGAUUUGCAAUAAAAACACAAUGUUUAACUCUAAGCUGUAGCAAACCUUUAGGCCUUUUAGACAAAAUUUUAUUAAUCCUUUCGGCUUUAAAAAAAUCGAAAAUGUAAAAUCGAUGAAAUGAAAAUACGACGAAAACACACAAGAACCUUUUGGCUUUAAAUCAAAAUUAUUUUUAGUUUUAGUUAAAAAAAAAUUAAAAUGUUUAUGAGAACGUUUAUAUCAAAGAAAAUUAUGGCAAAUUAUGCUAUAAUUCCAAUAAAAGCAAAAUUUAGACUGAAUGUCGCUGUGAUAAAUGCAAAUUAAAAACAAACCUAAACGUAAAACUUUUGUACAUUUUAGGCAUUAACGCAAAAUUUAAAGCAUACUCUUAAUCAAAAAUAAAAUCAUAAAUUUAGGCGGAACAAAAUCUAGCAUAAAGACAGAGACUAAGAACAAAAUUUUAAAUGCUCCAAAAUCAUUUUGCAGAACAUCCCGGGACUACAAAUUGUUCUACCAUGUUCUGUAAAUUGCGAUAUUUUUCCAAUUUCUUAUUUUAAAAUAUAAUUUGGAUUUUAUUUACAUCAUUGGUUGGUUUUUGUAUUGUUUAUUUAUUUUAAUAGUUGCUAACCAAACUAAAUAGAAAACAUGAGUUAUAAGAAAGCUGCACAAUGAAGUACACCAACUGCUUCAGUGGAACAUGCUCUUAGAAUUCUUCUAAGAAGCAUCAGUCAGUAAAGACCGAAGACCACACCGGCCGUGACAAACAUAGAAAUGGCAUUCUAAGCUAUAUGAGAAUGUGUAAGAUGGGGAAAUAUUUGAGAUGACUCAAGCCUAGAAUGACAAAGGGGCUAAAACUUGACAACCCGAAUAGACCAGACCAAAACAGAACCAUAUUAAUGUAAAUCCCGGAUUAACCGUCGAAGGAGAUAAAUGCUACAGAUAAUAACUGAGAAAGAGAUAGGAAAACCAAUCAAUGUUACAAGCAUACCUAACAAAAAACAAUAGCCCAAUUUAAAUAACCAAGAGUACAAAUACAAGUAAUUUUUAUAGCAGAAAUUUUAAGUGCAGUAUCAAAGAGCCAUAAUUAUUAAACCUAAGUAACAUGUAACCAUAUUGCAAUCCCAAGAAACACAAUCACUCAAGAUAACGGAGGCAAGGAAAAAUAUUAAACUUGGCACAUCAAAAUCGACAAAGAAAAAUCAGACAUGACAAAAGUAAAUUUAUCUAGACUCUGCGUUUUGAUACGAAAUCAUGGCACCCUGAAAAUCCAAAACGAACAACCAAAGUAAAGAACACAUGAAAAAUCCUUUCUUCUUAAAAAUUAAACAAAUUAUAAUACCAAUAAAUAAUAAAUAUAAACGUCAGGAUAAUAUUUGAGAAUAAUUCAAAAGUGAUUACUUUUCAGGCUUACAUUGCCAGCUUACAUUUCCGACUCAGAAAAUACAUACCAAGCUUAAUACCAGAUACAAGCAAUAUUAAUAAAAAAUGCCCACAACCAACAUGCAAACAUCAAUGAAGCAAACUCAACACAAAAACUGUUAGGGAUAGUUAGGGCAGUGUAAUCUAAGGAAAACACAGUCCUUCAUCCCAAAAUUUCCAGAAGCGAAUGCAUUAUAAUUGAGUACAGCAUUUUGCAAUAGUGAUAAUAGUUUUUAAGUCAACCACCAAGCAUAAAAGCAUCCAACAAACAAAAUAUAAUUCAAGAGAAUCAGCUAACAAACAAGAUUUAAAAAAAAUAGACAAAUACACAUUGAAAUAGCAACGGUAGGAAUUAAAAUAAAAUUGAUUAUGAUUGAGAACUUGAUGAGAAUUUAAAAUUAUAAUAUCUAAAAACAUACAAAAGCCCAUUCAACAUCUUUUUGAUUUGAUUUGAGAUUGUAAGGAUUGUAACCACAAAGCUUACGGAUUCAUUUCGAGUUACAAAAAUAUUUUUAGUUCAAUUACCAAAUAUCCAAAAGGGAAGCGAUUAUUUAUCAAGAAAAUGGGUUGAUGUCACUCAAAAUAAUAAAUAAUAUAAAUCAAGUUCAAAAGCAAAAGGAAAAUUAAAAGCAAAAAUAAAACAAUUACAAAAAACAAAGAAAAUAGCUUAUAGCAUAUGGAAAACCCUAAACUCUUAAAUUAUAUGUAUGGUGUAUUAUAUUUUUAAACCUAUUUAAGGCAUACUCUCUAUAUAUAUACGAAAUAUCUACUUAUAUUUAACGUAACCCUUAAAAGUUUGUGACAGCAGCAAGAUGCGUAAAUAGAAGGAAUUACACACUUUUAUUGUAUUGAAAGCCAGUUAAAAAACUAAUAACAGAUCACAGAAAUUCAACCACACCUUGUUUUUGGCUUAAAAGUGAAUUAAAAUGACGAAAUGAAAUCCAAAACAAAACAACAAUAGCCUCGUUAGUUGUUAACUACGCCUAUGGCGAUAUUGAUAAAAACUCUAUAUUGAAAUUAUUGCAAAAAAUCUGAACGAACAAGGCAUAGAAAGUAGUGUAUUCAGUGUCCUAAAAGUGGUGACAAAAUUACUCUUUUUUUAAAGUAAGCUGUAAAGAUCAAGAAAAGAUACGCAACCUAAUCAUAUAGCUAAAACUUCUAGCGAACAAUUAAAGUGAAGUUCUGUUGGAAUCUCGGCGAAAAGCAAGAACCACUUGUAAAGUCAUCGUUUUAAAUUUGUAAGGCAAUGGCCCCAAACUCAUUCUAUGCCUAUGAGUACGUUCACUUUUUGCAAUAUACACCAUGUGCCCAUAGAACAAGUAAUUUAUUGCAAACAGAAAUCAAAUAUAUUAUUUAUAUUAUAUACGAAGUUGUUUUUGCAACAGGAACAAACCACAAACCAAAAGAAAUAGUACCGAAAAUAUUUUACAGAAAUUUUACAAGCAAACGAAACAAGUAAAUACAGCUCUUAAAUAAAUAGGAAACAGAAUGUCAGCAAACACAAGCCGUGGUACUAAAAUAAACCAAUCAGACAGCAUACAACUGAGAAAAACAGCAAAAAAAAUAGUAAAAGUCGACGAAAACGCCGAAAAACAAACUAAAAGGAGAAUAUAUAGUAACAUUUACUUACAGACAUUAAAGUGUAUUCCAUUAAGUGUAUAGUAAAGUAUGCAACUGAAAAACUAAUUUUAAAACGUUCGCUUGCCUGCGAGCGAAGGAGAGAUACCCAAUCAUCAGAAUCGAUGAAAUACGAUAAGUUCAAUAUCCCCAUGGAUGGAUCAGAUUAAAGAAAGAACCGAACACAAUUUGUUAUGUUGGAAUUACUUUUAUAUAUACGUUUGUAAUUAUUAUGAACGAUUGACAGGGACUACAAUUUAAUAACUACCAUAGAAAUACUAACUGAGCAGUGUCAAUAGAAACAAAUUUUAUUUAUGCAAAUAUCAGCGUCCGCCCCGAAAGCGAGCACGAAUGCACUUAUUGUUAAUUGUAACUCAACUGAAACUGUACAUAAGCAAUCACAAACUGCAACUGCAAAUGCAAUAGUACCAACGUAAGUAAAUCAAUUAUUUCACUAAUUUUGCUAACAAAUAGCUAAUGCAACAAGAAAACGAAGAUUACAGAUCCCCGAUCACCACAAGAACGACAGUCGUUCAGCUGAAUGAAGAAGGUACGAUCGAGUUUAAAAAAUGUUCGCUAUGAGUUAAUCAGCUGAAAACGACAUAUCCAUUCAGAAAUACUAACCACUGCUACCAUAGCCGAUUACGUUUUUGUGAAACACCCAGAACAAACUUUAAUUUAUUUUUAUCAGAAAGUGAGAAUUUCAGUGAGGACUAACAGCAAACUUUUUAAUCAAAACCUUAAGCCGAAUCAAAACCAAAAUAGAAUCAAACGAAGCAAUAGUGAUACUAUACUACCAGGAUCAGGACGAGUACCUGCCCUGGGCCAGCCAAUAGCCAAUAGCUUGAUACAAGUAAAUAACAAUAAACCGAACAAAUCUUUUAAUUUACAAGAUAUACAACAAAUGCAACGGAUACCGCAGCAGCAACCAUAGUACAAUAAUAAUACAUUUUUCUUAUCGACCGACUUUUAUACAACAGACAGGAACAACAUAACCCAAUUGAAAAAUAAUAGAAAAGCAGCAGAAGAUGAGAAUAGAAGUUAUGAUGGCGGAUAGCAAGAUACAAAGCCGAUUGAACCGAAUCAAAAAUGAAUACCGAAAUAGCGACAGAGGGAAUUUUAAGUAUACCACAAACGUAAAGCAAAAAAAGGUAAAUACCUAUAUACAUAUAUUUUUUAAAAAGGCAAAUGUAAAACCGAGAGCAGAAGUAACAAUAGCUAAAAGUUGUUAAGCAUUUUAAUAUUUGAGUUUGUAUCAUUUUGAAUCGAUAAAAUGUAUAAACCAAGUUAUACAUAUAAAUACAAAAUCUAUGCAGUGAAAAUCAAAAUAAACGAAUAUAACUCUUUUUUAUAUUACAAGAAACAAACUAGAACAAAAAUCUCACUUUCCUGGUAAAAAUUGAAUUAAUUGGUACAAAAAUAAUAAAAACAGAUUGCACCUAAACAAUAAAACUGGCUUACCGACAUCAAUACCAACACAUGAUGUAAAAAUUUUGUUCGCAUUUUGUACAAUUUUCAGUAUAAUUUAAUAAUCUAAACCAAUCAUAUUUUGAUAGUUAAAUUGUUGAUUUAGUUUUACACUUCCAACUACAACAACCGGAACAAACGGAUAGGAUUUUCAUAAGAUAUAACACCCCUGGCAAAUAUUUCGAAUGCUUAAAUCAUAUUCAUUUCGGCUGAAUCAAAAAUGAGGUUCAUGACAUACCAUAUACAAAUUUGCAUAAAAAUAAAUGUUUCUCUAAACUAUUCAGAAAACAUAUUCUACAUUACAAUCUAGAGAGGAACUUAAAAAGAAAACAUUGAACCUUACGAAUAAAAGUUUGGCAACAAAAACUUGUUUUCAAUCGAAAACCGAAGUCUUUAGAUAUCAAAAUCUGAAAAAGAAAUGGUGACUAAACUACUGGCAUUGAUACAAGUAACACAUCGAAAUUAUAAAUAUAUUGAUGUAUACCUUCUCGGCGAAAUUUCAAAUAAAAUUCUCGGAAAAACACUAAUCUCGGUCAUUGCAAAAUUGAUUGCAUAAAACAAUGUAUACUCAAGUCUGGGCAACUAUUUAAAGACAAUUCACGUUUAAUUCCAUUUUUCGGAGCGACCAAAACCAAAAAUUAAAUUUAAGCCAAAUGUAUAAGCAUCAUUUUUUACAUACAAAUUAAGGAAUAAUACAAGUAAAUACUCUAGGUCUUUAAAGUAAGCAAAAAUUAAAUGAAAGAAAAGAGGACAUCCAAAAAGCGAUAAGCAACUUUGAGCCUGAUCGAAAAGUAAAAUUUUAGAAGGAAAACGAAAAAUGAAUAAGGAAAGUUCACAUGAAAAUAAAAACUAUUAACUCCAAAAAAACAUUAAAUUCAAAAUUAUAAUUGUUAUAAGCAAAUAAAAGCACAAUAUAUGCAAACAUAUAUCCAGAAAAUUCAUUACACUAGCCAAACUAUAAGUAAUCCCGAAGAUUACACAUACAAAAAGGAAACACCAUGGGACACGCAACUACCACCAAAUUACACACUAACAUUAUCCACCACACACUCACCCCCACACAACUUCCAUUGGUUUAGAUUUUAAGCAUCAUUUUAAACUUAAUAGUCAGCCAAAAAAUGAAGAAAAACACAAAAAGAAUCCUAUCAUGGCAGUCCAAAAUUAAUCGAACUCACAAAAAAUAAAUAAGAUUUUAAGGCAAGCAAAUAUUACCGCGUCAAAAAUUAAAUAUUUAAGCAAGUAAACUUAUGCAAAAUCUUGCGUCGUCUAGUUUAAUGUCGUACAUUUUACUUUUUGUAAUAAUUAAUUAACAUUUAAAUAUAUAUUCUGUAACAAACAAAAAAAAAUGGUAAACGCAAAAGUAUUGUAAACAUCUAUGAACUUACUAAUUUCGAAAAGAAAGAAGAAACCAAUUUAAAAUAGCUCACCAAA